AUGAUUGCCAAACGCGCUCUAUCCACGUUGAUCGCACCAAAGGUCGUUUCCCCAAAGAACCUAGGGGCUGCUCCAAACGCUAAGAGAAUCAGCAACGUCGUUCAGUUCUACAAGUCGCUCCCACAGGGUCAAGCAGCUGCCGUUAAGCCCACUGGAUUCAUUGGCAGAUACAAGGCCAAGUACUUCGAUGGCGACAACGCGAGUGGUAAGCCAUUGUGGCAUCUGGCCUUGAGCAUCUUGGUAAUGGGUUACUCUUUGGAAUACUACUUCCAUUUGAGACAUCACAAGGGUGGUGCCGAGCACUAA